AUGGUCUGGUUGGCCAUGUACUUUGUGCUCAACUUGACUUUGACCUUGUACAACAAGAUCAUCAUGUCUCUGUUCGACUUCCCCUUUCCCUGGACACUCACUGCAAUCCACACCUUUUGUGGUGCAGUUGGCUCAUUUGUCUUUUGGCAAUCAGAUAUCUUUGCUCCUGCAAAUCUAGGUGAGCGUGAAAACAUGAUCAUGCUUGUAUUCUCUGUCCUCUACACAAUCAACAUUGCCAUCAGCAACGUAUCCCUGAACCUUGUCACUGUUCCUUUCCAUCAAGUGGUUCGUGCCAUGACACCAGUAUUCACUAUCAUUAUCUCGCUCAUGUUCCUCAAAAAAAGAUAUUCAAAGAUGAUCUACAUUUCACUCUUACCGGUGGUUUUGGGUGUUGCGUUUGCAACUUUUGGUGACUAUGACUACACCGCAAUGGGCUUCUUCCUCACUGUUCUGGGUACUGUGUUGGCGGCGUUGAAAACAAUCGUGACAAACCGGGUUCAGGUGGGACGACUGAAGCUCCACCCACUUGAUCUCUUGCUUCGCAUGUCUCCGCUCGCAUUCGUCCAGACCCUGACCUAUGCAUACAUCACCGGCGAACUGGCCUUGGUGAUCAACUUUUGCAGAACAAGCUUCUCCUGGUCCUUAUUCUUUGCGCUCCUGAUCAACGGCGUCAUCGCAUUCUUCUUGAACGUCGUCAGUUUCACAGCCAACAAAAAGACCAGUGCAUUAACAAUGACAGUUGCAGGCAACGUAAAGCAAGUUCUUUCUAUUGUUUUGGCAGUAAUGAUCUUUAAAUUGCACAUCACUGCUACAAAUUUUGCUGGCAUUUUGUUGACCUUGGCUGGCGGUGGAUGGUACACGUAA